AUGAAUUUGAAUGGUAAUGGUCACGUUGUGCGAAAGAAGCAAACUCAUAAGGUGAAGAAAAAGCUGCGACGAUUGCAAAAGGCGAAAAAGUUAAAACGAUAUAUGGUAGAUGCAAUCAAAGAUGUUAGCCUUAGGAGACAUGCAAAUGUUCGAAAACGAGCAGUUGACAUCGAGGAAGACUGGCAUAAAGAUCGUGAAAUUAUGGCUAAAAAUGAGGCUGAUGAUGACAUCCUUCCCUUGGAUAUGCUUGAUGCGGACAUCGAUUGGGAGAACAGCGCAUUUGCUUCAAAAAUUAGACGAAUUGAAAAAGAAAAGAAUGAUGCUGAAAUUGAUGAUAUCGAAAGUAAAACUCGUAGAUUUCCUGGAACAUUAGAUGAUAAUAUGCGAGAAUUGUUGCCAAUUAAAGUGGGUGCCAAAGUAAUAAGACAGACAUGUAAGAAAGGUGAAUCAAGUGAAUCUGAAGAUAAAGAAGACAACCAGAAAGACGAUGAAGUUAAUCAAAUGGAUUUAUCUCAGCUUAGUGCGGCAGAAUUGUUAAAAUUAUGUCACAAUCAUAUAGAGGAAGCAAAGGGCAGAAUUAGCAGCUUAGCACACUUGAUUAUGUCAGAUCCUCAUAAUGAGGUGCACAAAUUGAAAGAAUUGUAUUUAUUGUCCAUAGGCAGGGGUAUUUCUUCAUUGGCUCGUGAAAUUGUGAUAAAACUUGCAAGUGUUUCAUUGGCUGAAGUUUUUGUGGAUAUUAUCCCGGGUUAUGCUAUAAGGCCUCGUACCGAAGAGGAAAUGGCUCAGAAACUUAAAAAAGAAACGAAAAAGUUAUAUGAUUUCGAGCAAACACUUCUGCGAUAUUAUCUAAAAUAUUUACAACAUUUGGAAACCUACGCUGGUAAAUUAUUGAAGGCUUCUAAACAACUGAAUAAUCUUUUGCCUAUUAUUUGCUUGAAAUGCCUUUCACGAGUUCUCCUGUCUGCGACUCAUUUCAAUUACGCUUCAAACAUAAUCAGUUUUAUAGUUCGCAUAUCCACUUCAAAUUCGAAGGAUGCUAUCGAUAUAUGUUCUUCUACACUAAGUGAAUUGUUUCGUAACGAUUUAAACUUCCGAAUAUCUGCCACUGCAGCGAGAUAUAUCGCAUCUAUUGUUAAUCAAAAAAAAGGCAACGUACCAUCAGCACUGAUCGCAUCAUUCCUGAAUUUGAAAGUAAAGGAAGUAAAUAAAGGCGGAAACAAUCGGGAAAAGAAGAAGCUGUUGAGCAAGAAAAGAUUGCUAAACAAGGAAAAAAAAAGCAAAAGUAAAGAAAGAUUCGCCAAACAGCUGAAAAAGCUGGAAGCUGAUUUGAAAGAAGCUGAAGCAGCCGAAUCUAUUUCGACAAAACUUUCAUUUGCAACUGAAACAAUGAAUCACGUAUUUGCAACGUACUUUCGCGUUAUAAAGCGAUUACCCACGAUAAAUUUGUUAGAACCAGUAUUGGAAGGUUUGGCUAAAUUCGCGCAUUUAAUUAACGUUGAAUUCUUUGACGAUAUAAUAUCUGCGCUGUCCUCACUCAUCAAUCAGCAGCAUCUUCGACUGUUGGAUUCAUUGCGAUGCAUAUACACAUCAUUCAUCAUGCUUUCCGGUGAAGGUGUUGCAUUGAAUAUCGAUCCUUCUCGAUUUUAUUGGUCAAUGUACUGUUUAUUACCUGCUUUAGCGUUUGAAAAACAACAAGAUGCACUUAUAAACACAUUAUCGCUAACGUUACGCACAUUAGAUCUGAUGAUUAACUGCCGUCGUAAGCAAGUUCCAGUGUGUCGCGUAGCCGCUUACGUCAAACGUUUAUUAGCAUUAGCGUUUUUCAUGCCCUCUUCUGGCACAGCAUCUAUUUUGCUGUGCAUUAGAUCUUUUUUCAUUGCUUAUCCGAAACUAGACUGUAUGGUGGAAAAUACGGAUGGGAGCUCCUAUAUCGAAUUAUUCAAGCCAGAACAUGAUCAUCCGGAUUAUUGUGGUGGACUUUCUUCGUCAAUAAUCGCCGAAAUAAGUGUCUUCGCUAGGCAUUCUGACAAAACAGUUAGAAUGAUAGCACUAUAUCUUCAGUCUGGCUUACCGUCUACAGGACCGAAUCGUCUAUUGCCGGAAUACUCAGUGAAAAAAGCAUACGAAUGGUAUGAAGAAAACAAGGAUACGGGAGAAGCUGAUGAAGAACCUUUUUUUAAGAGACGUAUCGUUGCUUUCGCAGAGAAGCAUAAAUUGCAAUUGACAUCGAAGACUCUCCAUCAGUUGGUAUGCAGAUGGGUUGAAGAAAGUACAGAAAGCAAAUCAUAA